GGUAUUUUGUUUGAAUAGAUUUUUUGAUAGAAGGAAAAGAAAUUUCCUGAUAUACUGGAGUGGCUUCAUUUUUUUUGUAAUUGGUUGGUUAAUCAACGAAAGGAUACUACUUUGACACCACGUGAUAGAAUCUUACCUAAAACCAAGAUGGCGAACAUGGGUCUAGGUUCUCUGCUCUUAUUCAUCAUACUUUGGGAUGUUGCAGAGGCUGCAUACUGCUAUACUUACACAUAUUACGAUGGCUACUUUACAUACUACUGUUACUACAGCUACGUGUACUUGCCCAUUGGUUCUAUUGCGGGAGCUGUGAUUGGUUCUCUGGUAUUCCUAGCGGCUAUGAUUGGAUUAAUCGUCUUCUUCUGCUGCAUCCGACCGCGCCGUCUAGCGGCAAGAGGCCAAAUACUGCACACACCUGGAUCAAAUGUCGCUGUCGUAGCCACGACAGGGGCAGGGGGAGUACAGAUGGGUGGAGGCUACAUCAACACUGCCGCCUAUCCUCCGGGGACUCAGCCCGCCUACCCCCCGGGGACACAGCCCGCCUACCCCCCGGGGACACAGCCCGCCUACCCCCAGUACAACUAUCCCCCACAGGCGGCAGGACCAGACGGAAACCAACCCCCUCCUCCUUAUAAAUAAAAUAUCAUACGCAAAUAUUAAUCUGCUUUUUAUUCAAACAUAAAGGUUUCAAAAUGCAUAUAUAUACAUGAUUUUGUCAUAUCAACAUCAGCUAUUAACCUUUAGCAUUUUCAUUUUAAAACUUUUAUUCUGGCAUCUGAAAUCUUAUUAUUUAUCUAUUAAGUUCAGUCUAUUGUUUAGAUUUGUUCAAAGUGUGACAUCCAAAAACAUUUGAUUCAUUUUGAAAUAACGGUAUAUAUCUGUUUAUAAUAAAAAAAAUAUUGCAAUUGAGCUUUUUAGUACCAAAUGUUUAUCAACUUGUGCAUAUAGAAAGGUUAAGUUUUAUUAAUUUAGUUUUACAGAUUAUUGAUAGUAAUAUAAUAUUCUGUUUUGUUACACGUAGAGGAAUCUGUAUGAUAUUGAUACAAAUUGUUUUUAUGAAAGGACAUGUAAUAUCUAAAUUCCUGUAAUAUGCAGUAUGUUUAUAAAUGUGUUUUAACAUAU